AUGGCGAGCUCAGAUGCAGGAACUUCGUCAGGAAGCGAGUACCAAGUGUUCCUGAACUUUAGAGGACCCGACACUCGAGUUGGAUUUACCGACUUCCUCUUUCAUAGCUUGAUCGACGCUGGAAUCCGUGUGUUUCGAGACGACGAAGAGCUCCGUGUCAGUGAAAGGAUCGAUGGUUUGCUUCUACAAGCGAUCGACAACUCUAGGAUUUACAUACCCAUUUUCUCUCGGAACUAUGCUUCGAGUCAAUGGUGCCUCCGCGAGCUUGUGCAGAUCGUGGCAAAUACAUUCAAAACAGAUGGUAAUAAAGUGAUCCUACCUAUUUUCUUUGAUGUGGAGCCCGACGAUGUUAAGUUGAAAACCCCGCUAUAUCGCAAUGCCAUACUCAAGCUAAAGCAUGAGAAGAAGUUGAACAAUGAGCAAGUAGAUACUUGGAGAGAGGCUCUCAUAGAGGUUGAUGCAAUCAAGGGAUGGGAAGUGAAGAAGUACAAAGGCCAUGGGGAAUUGAUCAAAUUGGUAGUGAAGGAGGUUGUGGAAAAGUUGAAGACAAAACAUAGAUCAGUGACUGAAUAUUUAGUCGGAAUUGAUGAUCAGGUAGUAGCAGUAAGCAAAUUAUUAGACAUCAAUUCCGAUGGUGCGCGACUCAUUAAGAUUCAUGGCAUGGGUGGCAUCGGUAAAACAACUCUCGCCAAGGUUAUCUUCAACCAACUCUCUUCUCAUUUUGGAAAGUAUUGUUAUUUCCUUGAAGAUGUUCGAGAGAAGUCUUUAAGAAUUGAUGGCUUAGUUGACUUGCAAAAAAGGUUAUUAUCUGAACUUGGUCAUCCUGCAGGAACAAUAAGCAUUAAUGAAAUUGAUUAUGGAAUGAAGAGGACUGGAGAAGUACUUUGUAAUAAGAAAGUUCUCAUUGUACUUGAUGACAUUGAUAACAAUGAACAAGUGGAGAAAUUAGUUGGAAAGAGUCCUUUGUAUUCAGGAUCCAGAAUAUUGAUCACAACUAGAAAUAAAGAUGUUUUGCAAAUUAAUACACCAAAAUAUCAAAUUUUAGAUUACGAAAUGGAGGUGAUAAAUAUUGAUUGUGCACUUGAGCUUUUCAGCAAGCAUGCAUUUAACAGAGACUCACCUUUAGAUGAUUACCAUGAUCUUUCAAGGGAAAUUGUAUAUGCUACUGGGAGACUUCCACUGGCUCUUGAGGUAAUUGGUUCAUUACUCUACCACAAACCGCACGAAUUGUGGAAAGAGACAUUGGAAGAGUUAAGAAAUAAACUUCACCGGGAUGUUUAUGGAAAGUUGAAGAUCGGCUAUGAUGCCUUAAGUUUUGAGCAACGACAAAUUUUCCUCGAUAUUGCCUGCUUUUUCAUCGGUGAAGAUAAGAGGAAUGCAAUUUACAUGUGGAAAGAUUGUAAUUUUUCCCCGAAUUCUGGGGUUGAUGUCCUCAUUAACAUGUCAUUGGUAAAGAUUGUGAAGAAUAAUAAGUUUUGGAUGCACGAUCAACUCAGAGAUCUUGGAAGGAAAAUUGUUCGCCAGGAAAAUCCAAUAAAUCCUAAGGAGCGGAGUAGGAUAUGGAUUUGGAAUGAGGUCCUUGAUGCAACAGGAAUGAAGGAGAUAAACAAGAAGGUUCAAGCACUAUCUCUUGAUACAUCUGCACAAAAUUCCCAUGAUGUCAUUGUUCAAAGUAAAGAGAUUGGAAGAGAGAUUGAGGCUAUCAGGAUGAGGAAGCUAAAAGAGGUCAAUGUGGAAGGUUGUGUUUGGCUAAUUGAGAUCCAAUUUUCUUGGGUGUUCGAAUCUUUGGAGGCAUUGUCUAUUAACCAUUGCAUGUCCUUGGAAAAGAUAAUCUACGAGUCUGCUAAUGAGUUAAUUAGUUGUGAAGGGAAACUGAUUUUUCCAUCGAGCAUCUUAACUAAGUUCCGCACUCUCAAAUUGUGGGGAUGCCAAAAGAUACUUGACAUUCAAGUUGUGGGUACGUCGGAGACGUGGGAGUACUUCCAAGUUUUUGCUUGUCUUAAUGUGCAAAGUCUUGGUGGUUUGUCAAACUUAAAGAACUUGAAGACUUUGUCAAUCCUGAGCUGCAAUCAGCUACAGAUUGUCAAGAGCGUUGAUGAGUUGGAGUUCUUGGACCUAUUACAACUUUAUUAUUGCGGAUCAUUGGAAAGGUUGAUUGAUGUAUCGACCACUAAAUUGCCAAAUGAUUGCCACAUAAGUAUCGCCAGUUGCAGGAAAUUACGAGGGGUUAAGAAAAGAUUCGAAGGCUCAGUCCAGUCCUUAAAGCAUUCUAAGGCAUCCGAUGGCCGAUCCACAGUUCCAUGCCAAUGUAUUGCUGCAAAGGAUGCAAAAUCUUCCUCCACAAGUCGUGUGCCAAAGAACUGCGGCCCCAGAAACAGCACCUCGGCACCCAGAGCAUUCCCUCAUCUUCCAGAUGGCCCAAACCGGGUCAGCCUUCUGAUGCGAUUCGUGCAUUGUGAGUUUAGCUGCAACCUGUGGAUUGUUAUAUCUCUUUCGACUGUGAUGUCUUUUGGCACAAGAGGUGCGUCGCUGAGAUCAUUAACCACCCUUUCCAUUCCCGUCACCCACAUUGUGGUCGAUAGCUCAGAGAAGUGCAUUGUAAGGCAUGCAGAGAUUGUUUGUGGUCUGCAGGCCUCUGCUUCAUGA